GUUUAAAUUAGAGAAAAGAAGAAGAAACGCUGGUGUUGAUAACGUGCAUCUCAAUUGUUUAGCAGAGGGUAUGGGUACAGGUGCAGUUAGCCUAACAUUUAUUCUGGUUUCCAUUACUAAUGAGCAGCAUAACCACCCCUUGUAGCUGUGUAGCUGCUUUGUGACAUAAGCGCAGCCAGUCAAACUUUUAGCUGAAGCAAAAUGGACACAGGGGGAAUAACGGUCGUCUCCAACCCAUGGUUUCUGUCGAAAAACCUGGGAGGACCAGAAACAACGCCGAUGAAUCACGAGGACUCUCUGCCUCUGGCCUCUCUCCGCCUCCUGGUCCCCCCUUUGCAGCUCAUGACGGCCUCCAUGUGGCGGGUGCUGAAGCAGCAGGACGUGAAGAGCUACUGGGAUGUGGCGGAGUUUGUGUCGAUGGUGGGGGGCGUGGUCCCGGAGCUGCUGACACCCAAACACAGAUGGCAGCUGACUGUUGGGUUGAGGUCCAGGUACAUCCUGGAGCUGUGCCAAAGUGACCAGCUGCUGAAGCCAGAGUGCGUCCUGUCUUACCUGGAGAAGAUCAAAGCCACGCCCCCUCCCCUGACAGAGGGAGGAAAUUUGGCCGAGCAGGAAGUGACGGAGAAGUUCCUGGAGAUGAUUCAGAUUCUGCUUGCAGAUCCUGAACAGAAAAGAGACUUCUUCACGGAGGUGUUCCCUGCAGAGUACGGCCCUCAGUAUGACCACGACCUGCAGACCUUGUUCUCAGAGUUUUACUGUCGGCUCGCUCAGCUGCUGCCGGUACCUGACCUGGAACAGACCGCCUCCUGGCUCAGAAAUGACACCUCCCUGGACCGCCUGCAGACCCUUUCCGACCCUUCAGAUCUGAAAUAUCUGCUGCAACACCACAGAAACUUGGGACAUUUAGAGCAACACGUCCCUCCGUCCAGCAUGGGGGAAACGAUCCUUUCCUCACUGUCUGCUGCUUCACGCUGGAAAGUUUCAGAACCUGCGGAAGAGCCCAGCCGUCCUCAAGACAGUCCCGGCGCCGCGCCGCUAGUGGACGAUGUUGCUGUUGAAAUCAUCGGCGUGUCUGAAUCAGCAGAGGUUGUAAUUGCUGCAAACUGUGAAGUAAUAAUGGCAGAAGAAUGCUUUGAGGGAGCAGACGCCGGCCCAGAGGACGAAGACCAGAAGAGCGGCAGUGAAGAAGCGGCGUGCUCUUGGACGCAGAAGGCCUCUGCGGGACUCCACGAGUGCCCAGACUGCAGAAAGCGCUUCCAGUUUGCCUCCUCCCUGCUGGCCCACAGCGUCAUCCACAGCGGGGAGCGCCCCCACCACUGCGGCGACUGCGGCCGCAGCUUCUCCUUCCGCCAGUCCCUGGACAGGCACAGGCGCACGCACAGAAGCGGACGCACGUACGACUGCUCGGUCUGCGGCGAGACCUUCCGCUCUCUGUCGGCCCGCACCGAGCACAAGCACGCGCACAUGCGGGACUGUGCCUACGCGUGCUCGCAGUGCGACCGCAGGUUCAGCUGGGAGCUGUCGCUCGCCAGGCACCUGAAAACUCACCUGGACGGUGGGCUGGUGGACACGGCGCCAGAGAGCGGCGAGGAUGAAAGAGCAGCAGAAUGCAUCAGCCAGGAUCUCGCAGAACUAGAGGAUCUGAGAGACGAUGACACAGAUUCCCAGAGGGAUUCGAUUCCUCAGUGGAGCCUUCUGUAGGCCAGGACCUCCAGGAUGAGAGUAUCGUCCAGCCUGAGGAGACUGCAGAGGAGAAGACCGCCUGUCAGGUUAUAACAAAUGAAGAAGGACGCUUCAGCUGUCCGGACUGUGAGAAAACCUUCAGGUUUCUGUCUUUGCUUAAAGCCCACCGGCGGGUCCACACCGGGGAGCGGCCCUUCUCGUGCUCUCAGUGUGGCUGGCGUUUCUCCUUCAAACAGUCUCUGGACAGACACAAGCAGACUCACAAGUCUGACUGCAAACACACGUGUCUGAUCUGCGGGGAGCUCUGCAAGUCUGCGGCCGACCUGACCGACCACCAGAGCGGCCACAUGGAGGACGGGGAGUACCCGUGUUCAGAGUGCGGGCAGACCUUCUCGUGGAGGUCUGCUCUGGUGAAGCACCUGAAGACUCACGGCGUGGAUGCGGAAAAGGUGGAGAACCCGUUCAGAUGUCCUCGCUGCAGCCUGAGCUUCAGGUCUGCCAGCUCCCUGAAAAGACACCUCCAGACCCACCAGGAGGAGCGAGUUCACGCCUGCAGCUGUGGGAAGAGCUUCACCUACCGGGCGGCUCUCACCGCCCACCAACGGACCCAUCAAAAGGAGCGCCCGCACACCUGCGCCCAGUGCGGGAAAGGCUUCCUGUAUAAGGGCGGCCUGCUGAGCCACAUGAAGAUCCACUCUGAGGAAAUGCCCUUCAUGUGCUCCUUCUGCGGGAAGAGCUUCAAGAGGGAGCGCAACAUGAAGAAGCACGAGCGCUGCCACACCCGAGAGAACGUCUUCAGGUGCUCGCAGUGCGACAAGAGCUUCGUCUACAAAGCCACGCUGACCCGGCACGAGCUGACGCACUCGGGCGAGAGGCCCUACCUGUGCUCCGACUGCGGGAAGGGCUUCUUUUCCCACGCCGAGCUCCUGAAGCACGAGCGCUUCCACACGGGCCACAAGCCCUUCCAGUGCUCCUACUGCGAUAAGAAGUUCACCCAGUCGUGCUACCUCACCAUCCACCUGCGCUACCACACGGGGGCGCGGCCGUACACCUGCGCCGAAUGCGACAAAAGCUUCCUGAGCGCCAACCGCCUGAAGAGGCACCAGCGGACGCACACGGGCGAGAAGCCCUAUCUGUGUGUGGAGUGUGGGAAGGGGUUCAGGCAGUCCUACCACCUGAAAAUGCAUCAGAGGACACACCUGUCAUGAACAGAAACGUGGUCACAGGUGGUUUCACUCCAUCAAACUGUCAGCCCUGAGAAAGUGAGGAAAACAUAUUAGAGUUGGGGGUCAGAAAGGUUAAAGAUCCCACUUUUUAAAGUGUGUAACCAAAGAGAACGUUUAUAGGAAGGACUUGUGUUAGGGCAGUCUGCCUGUGGGGGCAGUAUCAUGAUAUGGGGUUGUUUCAGUGAAGUUUUGGUGAUCACCCCAUUCACUAAAUAAACUGAAGUCCACUAGUUUCA